GUUCAAACGGUGUUUUCAGACAUUAUCAUAAUAAUUGUUUCAUGUUUUGUCAAAGUUUUGUUUUACAAAGUUUAUUAGUUAAAGGACAUCAACAACGAAAGGACAUUGUUUUGACACAACCUCAGUAGCAAUGAGCGCUUGUCUAGUUAUCGUUUCAUUAUUAUAUGGACUCAAAUAUGUUGGAGCUGUCUGUUUGCACCACCAAUGUUCAUUUUCAAAUGGCCUUUUGAGUCAAGAUAUUUCCUCAGAGAUUAAUCAACUAGUCGAGCCAAACAUUAAACAUAAUCUGCUACAAAUAAUAACCUGGAACAUUAAUUCAGAAAAUAAUCAAACAGAAGAAGCAGACUGGGAAAAUAGUAAAAAAGAAUUAUGCGAGUAUUUAAAGAAACUUGAUUUAAUGAUAUUUGCAAUGCAAGAGCUAACUGAAUCUCAACUCAAAUUUAUGACGUUAUGCUUACCACACUAUUCGUACGUUGAACCUGAAAAAAAGCGAUCAACUAAUUCUCGACUGAAUUCUAUUUUCUACAAGCGCACUCAUUUUCUUAAGAAAAUUGAUAGCGGUACAUUUUGGUUGAGCAAAACCCCAAACAUUCCUUUCACCAAAGUUCACAAUUCAGUCGAAGAACAGACUUGUACCUGGAUUAAAUUCCAAUACGCUGUGAAAUUAAACUUAGAACCACAAAGUCAAGCCAUAGAACCGAUAAGCGAAAAACUAACUCGUUUACUUCAUGACGCAACGGGUAAAAGUUUUAGAAGACCAAUGAAAAUGGUGACAAGAAAGCGAUUUGUAUACAGCUGGAAGAAGUUCUACGUAGCAACAACAAAAAUAAGCAACAAAAAUGCUGACAUCGCUGAGAACCAAGUUAAGAUACUUCUAAAUCAUUUAAGUGACGAAAUAAUGGAUAGACGCAGUUAUCCACUUUUAUUAGCAGGUAACAUUAAUUGGGAACAAGAAACGUCUGUUUAUGAUGAAAUUAAAAAUCACAAACUUAAAUUAGUUAACACGAUGGAAUUUUCAAAAAAAUUAUUCCCUAGACCGUCCAUAAUUGAAAUCGUCAAUGGAGAAGAAAAACCAAAUGCUAAAUUAACAGACCAAAUAUGGAAUACUGGCUUUUCAAACCUUUUGUCGGGUACUUUGAUAGAUAAAAGCAGCCAAGGAGUAGGAUUCUCUGACCAUCGGGCUGUUUUUGCAGCAGUCCUACUGGAACACUAAAGUAUGUUGCUUAUUCAAACAAAACACCACAAAACAAAUACUUUUAUAUAUAUAUAUAUAUAUUUAUAAAUAAACAUUUAAAACGGAUGCACUCUUAACUGUAAAAAUAAUUUUUUUAAUCAAAAGUAUUAUUAAA